GUCGAACAGGAUUACGAUAUUCGCGAUGUGCUCGGCAGCGGAACGGUCGGACAAGUCCUGCGGGCGAUCCACCGACAGACCGGACACGAACGCGCCGUCAAAAUCAUCAAAAUCAAAUCCAACUAUACCACCGCUUCGGAACCGGCGGCAUCCUCCGCCACACUCCAAGCCGAAGCGGCUAUUUUACAAUCCCUCGCACACCCCUACAUUGUCCAACUCUACGACGUUUACGUCUCGACAACCGCGAUUUAUCUCGUCAUGGAACUCCUACCCGGUGGGGAUUUGUUCGAUCGCAUCGUGGAUAAGGGAAUAUACACGGAAACGCAAGCGCGACAAGUCAUGCGUCGCCUGCUGGCCGCCGUGCACUACUUGCACGAAUCGUGCAACGUGGUACACCGUGACCUGAAACCCGAAAAUAUUCUGUUGUGCACCUCCGACAAUGACGUCCACAUCAAGUUGACCGACUUUGGCCUCGCUAAAACGAUCGACGAACAAGGGUUGCGGACCUUUUGCGGCACGCCACAGUACUUUGCCCCGGAAGUCUUGCAUCGUCAACACACCGUCGCCGGGCGGGGCCGGUACGGCAAGGAAGCCGACCUCUGGAGCGCCGGAGUAAUUUUGUACAUUUUGUUGUCGGGGACGCCGCCUUUUGACGUGCAAUCGGAAGGCAUAGACGCGGUCGCAAACUCGACUCUGCAGUUUCCCACGGCCCAGUGGUGGGGCGUCUCGCCGGCCGCCCAGGACCUGAUCCGCCGACUGCUCGUGGCCGAUCCGGCAGCGCGAUGGACCGUGGUCCAGGCUUGUCAGCACGAUUGGAUC